CGGGGUAUAAAGAUGUAGACCUCCCGGUGAUUUAUUUCGGUCGAGGGUCCGAGCACGAUGAAGUAAGUAUCAGCAACACACUCGCCUUCGACAUUCUCCUUCAACACCAUCGUCAUCUUCAAAGUCACACUCGGCAAACGGAAACAGCAUAGUCUUUACCAAUUUUAUCGCUUCGGGAGCUGGUCUUCCCUCAAGCACAUACACAUCGAUUCCUUCGCUCUGACGACACUCGCAUACCGCACCACUCCGGACCGCACUGCCAAUUUCUACCCUACCUUCUACCAUGUCGUCCUCCUUUCUCUCACUCGCUUCGUCCAGCUUUGGUCUCAAUGUCGACGUCGCUUCCGGCGGCGUUUUUGGCCUUUUCAAUCAGGGCGAUUCAUUCAACACCAACUAUGUUAUCAACGCGACCAUGCAGUCCCAAUUCAACGUCAGGGACUCGAGGUGGUUGGGCGACUUGAUCUUCAACGUCAGACCGGCCGGGAGUACGGCAGCGGGGACUACCAUGGUGUCGGGCCUGUCCGGCGACGUUCGCAAGGUCACCAAGGGGCCUGGAAACAGCAUCAACGUCGAUUAUACCGGUAACGCCGCCGAUGCCAACGGGUUCAAGGGGUUCAACGUCAAACAGAUCUGGAACGCCGACGAUCAAGAUGUCCUCGUCUGGUCUAAUACUGUUCAGAACACUGGAUCUCAGGCGCUCGAGUUUAUGGACGUCGGUUUCCCCUUGCUCUUCAACGGAUAUUGGGCGGCCGAUCAGACGACGAUCUACGAAAAGGGAGUUGGGCGACACUCGCACACGGCGCUCGAUGGUUCCUACAUCUACUACCAGCGACCCAAUGGAGAGGGUCCUUACCUCCUGAUGACUCCGGGGAACGGCACCUCGCUCGAGUACAAGAACAAGGCUCGGUACGGGGAAGGCCCGUUCGCAGAGGUCGAUCCCAAGUGGGAAGGGGUCGUCGAGUAUUACGCCAACUCGAAGAACGUCCAGCCGGCUCGGGUCAACCAGGCCAUCAGCUACCUCCCUGCGACGUCCAGCGUCAUCCCGGCGGGAGGCAACAAGACGUUUAGCUUUCAGUUCAGAUGGCCCAAGGAUUAUCAGGGUUUGCGGGACGCCCUGUACGCUUCCGGUGGGCUCGAUACCGUGUCCCUGCCGGGAUUGACGAUUCCUACCGAUUCCAAGGCCACCUUGUCGUUGCGCGCCAACGGUGGGAUUCAAUCCGUCGUCGGUGAGACUGGGAAAAACAUCCAGAUCGUCUCCCAAGGUUCGAAAAACGGGUACAAUAUCUAUCAAGUGACCCUGCCGACUAUCGGACCUAACAAGGUCACGGUCACGUAUGCCGGUGGGCGCAAAAAGAGCGUCCUCCAGUACUCGGCGAUCCGACCCGUCGAACAGCUCAUCUCGCAACGAGCUUCGUUCGUCGUCAACAAUCACCAGGCCAAGACGACUCGCGGGUAUAAUGGUGCGUAUUUACAAUACGACAUGAGCGCGAAGAAGCAAAUCGCUUGGGAUGGAUACACCGGAGGUGGUUGGAAACAGUGGAUGGCCGGGGGUUCCGACGAUCUCGGACACGGCCCUGCCACGUUCUUGUCCGAAAAGCAGACCAUCAAGCCGGUCCAAGCCGAGAUCGCAUCGGUCGACUAUUACAUCACCAACUUUCUCUUAAAGUACUUGCAGAACAAGCAGGUCAACGGCGCGCGGUCCUACGAAGUGUACCGCUGGUUCGAUGGUCAAGACGGCGUGCCCUCCGAUACGGGGACCUGGAGGGUCUACAACUAUGUACACAUCGCCAACACCUAUUUCAACAUGUACAGGACCGCCAAGAACUUUCCCGGUCUGACAUACGCCUAUGCGCCGGGGGACUACCUCACGUUCUGUUACGAGACCCUCAACGCCAUGUUCUCCAAGGUGAAGCUGCCCACGCCGAUCGGACCGGAUCCUGCCGUUCAGUUCGGUCUGAUGGGCGAGAUGACCUAUCCGGAUAUUCUCGCCGCUCUCAACUUGGAAGGUCGUGGCGCCCAGGCCACUCGUCUCGACGGUUUCCUGCGAAACAAGUUCAACUAUUUCUCUGCCGAAAAGUACCCCUUUGCGUCCGAGGCGAGCAUCGAUACGACCGGUUUUGAGUCCGUCUACACGCUUGCCAAGAUGUACGGCGAUCAGGGGCUCAAGGACAAGGUUCAAAAAGCCUCGGCCGCUUGUCGGGGUCUCCAACCGCUGUGGUACUUUUACGGAGGCGAUAACCGUCACAUGGGUGAAUCUUGGUGGAACUUGGGAUACGAGACUCAGUUGGGCGCUUGGCAACAGCAAGAGUACUUGCUCGAUUCCACGACCGCUAUGGGGAGCGAUCGUCCCGACAUGACCCAUCAGACUUAUGGAGCCUACUUGGCCGGAUGGAACAACAUCAACUCGGGUCAGAUCAACGGCGACUCGGCCACGUUUGGCGCUGCCUCAUGGCAGUUUGCGUCCGAGGGCGGAGCGCAAGCCAAUUAUGAUUGGAUUCCGCUCCGAAACGGAUGGUGGGCCUGGUCGGGCGAAGUCGACCUCGGUCUCUGGGGAGGUCUCCGAUCCGCUUCGGCCAGCGUCGUCUCGGACCCCAUCGUCGGCAACUAUGCUUACAACGCCGACCUGACCGAGUCUGCCGACAGCUAUAGCGUCAUUCCCAAGGAUGGCGUGAGGCAGCGUCUCGUCUUGAUGAACCUGGGCAACCUCGACAUCAGGAUCGGAAACGUCGUUUACAACAGCGCCGUGGUCAAAAAGGACGCGACAUCGAUCAGCAUGGUCCUGGCGCCGGUCUCGGACAAGGCCGCUUCCACCACGAUCACCGUCGCAAGACUGCCUGUCGGCAAUUACAACGUCUCGUUGGGCGGCGCCGUGGUUGGGCAGAUGCGUAGCGAUGGUCAGAGCGCCAAGAUUUCCGUCAAAGGCGUGACUUCCGGCACCCCGACGUUGCUGAUCACCAAGGUCUAGGCAGACGGAAGGCGAAUAUUCCCGGCGACUUCAGUUGUCCUUGAAGUCCAGAAGUACCGUAUGGUAUCAGAUAAGGAAGAAAGAGCCUCGAAGCAGAGAAAGAAACGAAGGCUAGUCCGCGUACUUCUCUUUCUGAGAUUCGGCGUGGUCGGAUCAUGUAAAUAAUACGAGUCCGGAAAUGAAGCAGAUGACAUGAUGCUGCAAUGUCAUCGAUGGUGUAUGGAUUCCAAAAGCUAAAGCUUACGGCUCUUCUCGUAGC